AUGGCGACGACGGUCCUGCGGCUCGACUCCAUGCCGACAUUCGGCGAUGGGUGGCUGGUUGAGCCAAAGGGCUCGCACAAUUUUGAGGCACUCUGGGCUGCAGAGUUGGCCAAGGUCCGUGGGAUGGACGAGCGGGGUCCGUUCGUCGACAACGAGUGGCACCACCUGGCCAUGGGCCAGGAGCGGCGGAGGCGCGGGGGGGGCCAGAGGGAGGACGGCGAGGAGGUGUCGGCCGCGGCAUCCGUCCUCUCGCUCUCUGCCGCUUCGCUGGCUGCCGCCUGCCUGCUGCCGGCUUCGGCGCCGGCUCGGGCCGCCGCCGCCCGCUCUCGCUCGUCGUGCGCUCGGUUCGCGCGCCCCCGGGCGCCCCUCCCGCCGCGCCUGCGGCGGUCGGGCGCUUCGGUGGGCGAAGGAUCGGCCAGCAUCGCAUCGGGCCGCAUCGGCACGGGGACGAUUGCUCGGCACGCCUCGGGCCGACUGCUCGCUCAGAAUCGCAUCGGGCCAGUGGAGGUGCACAGGACCUUCGACCCGAACCGGGUGCCGCACCACCGCACCACCACGGACAGGCCGUUCGAUCCGGCGCUCUGCCCCUCCGCAUCGAAGGUCCUCGGCGCCCGGGCCAUGGGGACGUUCACGAAGGGCUCGACGCGCCAGGGCAUCACGGACCUGGACAGGUGCGAGCCGAUGGCGAAGGGCGUGGUCGAGGGCGGCACGGGCAGGGGCGGGCUGCGGGCCCUGGCCGCCUUCCCCGUGAGCCUGCGCACCCUGGAGCCCUACCACGACAACGGCAACCCUGCUAAGGCCGCCACCCUUAUUCUCAAUGGAUUCUUCUUGUUGCGGUGCACCAUGGUAUCACGUAUUGACACCACUUCCCCGAUUUUGAGGCAAGCAAUGUGUAUUAGUUAUGGUUCGUAUGUUCGAGAUAUUCUCAAGUUCCAGCGGCCGUUGUGGUCCGUAUCCAGUGCUAUCAAUGGCCGAAUCCCUUUCUGGGGCUGCCUCGUCCGACAGAGUGAAACACAUGUCGGAUGGCUGUCUGGCUGACAGUCAUUGAGAUAUAUUGGAUCCGGAAAUUGAUCGUGCAGACAGAGGAACUCGUACGCUACAGGUUGAUUCGUCAAGCUACGCUGCCGUACGCAUGUGCCACCGCGCUAUGAGAUGCAAGUGUGAUGGGCGACAGUCAGUUUUGCCAUUGUGCUAAUUCGUGGUAGAUCAGUAAAUGCAGCUUGUAAGUACGUCUGUGCAUGUGGAUUUGACUGCGCAUAUGUAGAUGUGUAUGUGCAUGCGCGCGCAACCGUGUAUGGCAAUGCAGCCGUACAUUUGUUGUUGUUUGUUUGGCUAGCUGUGCACCAUGCGCAUGUCGUGAUUUGACCAGGGCAGACCAAAGGCUGCACAGGCCUUCGAGGCGGGAUCGCAUCACGAGGCAAAUAACAAACCGAGAAGACCGAUCUGUGGUGCGCCGAUCACAAGAGCGAUGGCAUGGAAAGAAUGGGUGAGCGAAUAGAAAAUAAACGAGCUGAAAGAGAAGGCAGGUGCAGACAGAGGCCUUGAUUGCGGCUUGAUUGCCGCCGCCUUCAGGACAUUGAGGGAGAAGGUAGAUGGGAAUGAGAGUAGAGGCAGAGACGGG